AUGAAGUGGAGCAUUCAGCGAUCGGGGGCGCCAGCGGCGGGAGGCACGGUCACCGCAGAGUCGUCUCUCGGGUUUCCUUGCAGCAGCGGGAACUUUGCACCGAAGUCUGCAGUUGUCGUGGUGCAGAGCCCGGAUCGGUUUAGCCCGAACCUGUGGCAUCGCAUGGCUGCAGUGUUUGAGGCCUGGGUGGUACCCAGAGUUCUGCAGCUGAAGGAGAAGCUCCCAGGGGAGAUCAGUAUUUCCUACCACGUACCACGUCUCAAGAACAUCACUGUGGAUACUGACCCCGGUCCUUUUCCCUGGCAUCUCCUUGGCCCGGUGGCUUCAAAGGACUGCGGCUACGAGCAUCACAUCCUUGCUCCCUCGGAUGGUUUCCUGUGGGACUUGGCCUGGGAUUUGCCGCUGAAGUGCGCGCACGCCUCCGGCCUCUGGCGCUCCUUCCAGUCUGCCCUCUAUACUGGUGUCGGCCUGGAUCCAGAGACGGAUUUCGGAGGCAGACGAGUCUGCUAUGUAGGCCGGCCGGGGAAAUCCACCCGACAGCUGAGUGACAAGAGUUUCCAUGCAUUGAAGGAGGCUGCCGAGAGAAUGACGCUGGAUGGCCACACUUUGGUCUUCCGUUCUCUAGGCUUCAAUGCGUCUGUGCCUAUUCAACAGCAAGCUAAGAUGGUGAGCGGCUGCGACAUCCUCGUCGGAAUGCAUGGAGCCGGCAUGAUGCACUCCAUUUGGAUGUAUCCUGGCAGCGUUGUCGUUGAGAUUAUGGACCAGGAGCACGAAAGAAGUGCUUACUACCGAAACGUUGCACACUUGUCUGGACAUGUCUACCUCAGGCACAACCAGAGAGAACUCGGAGAAACGCCCGAGGUUCUCUGGCAUUUGAUGAUUAGUGCAACUGAGAUCAUCUCCAACAAGGGGAAUCACUCUCAGCACGCGAGCUUCAGAAAAUCGCACUGA